UGCUAGACCUACAACCGAGCUCGUACGCACAUCGCUGCGUUUCGAGCAACCGUCGCGAAGUACUGCAGCUGCACCGCUAUAAUACCCAUUCCGGAUAACCUCGAGCAUAAUGGAGGAGCCAACAACAGUCCUCCGCCACUACCAAGACAACUGCUCGAGUCUGAACCUCUCCCUCGCCCGCCAAGUUGAAGGCAUGGAGCAAGCCGAACCCAACAAAUCCUACCUAGACCUGCGCUCCGCAUCUCGCGCGCGGUAUCAUCACCUCAGGAAACGCCAAUCCCUAACUCUCCGCUGGAAACACUGCCAUCUCGACUGCCCCGCGUACGAGCACCGCCAUCUCUCCAGCCGGCACCGGCGCAUGAAGAAGUGGAAAGAGGAGUGCAAUGAGGAGGCGUAUUGGGAUGAGCGGAUUGUGAGGUUGGAGCAUAAGGAGAGCCUCGAGUUCAUGGAUCCAGUGCAGGCGUACUACAACCACGGACACAACACCACAGCAAUCGAGAGCCUGAGGCCUACAAAGUACGUGGAAGAAGAGGAGGCAGGCGGACAUGACUGGGUCGAUGUUGAUGACUCCCCAGACGACGCCUUGGAGGUGGAAGUCAUCACCAGCCCAUCGUGGGCCUUGUCUCUCCAUCCUCCCCCUCAAUCAAACUCAAGCCCCUUCCCGGUUGCUGGCAGGUGUGUCUGGGGCGAAUCGACAUUCACAUGGCACCGCAACACUUCCGGGUACUGGGAGCUUGGGUAUGCGAAUCAAUACAUGGUCGAUGAGAUGGUGGACCCAUAUGGAUGUCGACAAACCCCCUUACCUCUAUCCUGCCACUGCUGUUCUCCUAACUUCGGAAUCCACGUCUGUUCCUGUACCGAGUUUGACGAGCAUGAGCCGAGCCCGGAGGAUCAGCAGCGGUGUCACCUGAUGGAAUGGCUCACUUCGCCUCUCUCGAGUGGGAUCUCGUAUCCACAUUGUCCUCCACGGGAAGUUGGAGGAUUCUGGAUGUCGCGUAGCGUACUGUCACAAUGUAUAACAAACCCAAGCCUGUGCAACGGUACACACGGCAAGUCCGUUCGAUCGCUUGACUCGUCCGUAGAUCUUUGAGAUCGUGCGGUAUCAAGCCAAGUGUACCAUCGUGUCUACCUCCCCUCGGUCUUUUUGCGUCUAUGACUGCAUUGCGCUUCGUCUCAUCAAACACCUCCCAUAUCUUUGCGUCCUUGAACAAGCGUCCUUCUUCCGAGCAAUCCCCCUGUGUGCCGUGCGCUUGCAGUACCAGUGAUCCCGUGAUACGCAAUACAUCAGUUUGUUAGCACACAUUCUUCAAACUUGACUGAGAUUGCAGUGUCUAGACAGUCUUCUGGUAAUACAUUCAUUGGAUGUGUGAGAGUUAGUCCGUCUUUGUCUAGCUCAUUGCGUGCUG